CGGAGCGACGGGCGCCGGACCCCCAGGCGGAGCGACAGGUCUCGGGCCCCCAGGCGGAGCGGCGGGCGCCGGACCCCUAGGCGGAGCGGCAGGUCUCGGGCCCCCAGGCGGAGCGGCGGGCGCCGGACCCCCAGGCAGAGCGACAGGUCUCGGGCCCCCUGGCGGAGCGGCGGGCGCCGGACCCCCAGGCGGAGCGACAGCGGGCACCGCGUCAUCUGGCAAGGCAGUGGGCUCGAGUCAACUGGCAUGACCGCGGGCACUGGGUCAUUUGGCUCGACAGCGGGCACCGCGUCAUCUGGCAAGGCAGUGGGCUCCGAG